AUGUCAGCUCGAACUCAGUAUAAUGAAGAUAUAUAGAAACAAUUAAUUGAAGUUGUCGAAACGUAUGGAGGAAAAAAGUGCAAAAGUUGGACUUAAGUUGCUCGUAUUUUCGAAUUAACAACCGGUAUCAAAGUGUAAAAUACAUUUGAUUUAAAAAAAAAAUGGGAAAUGUUUACUAAUUAUAAGGAAGAAUUUUCCCAAGAGGAACUCAAAACCCUAUACGCAACUGGAGUUCGAUGUAGAGGGCGUCAUAAAGCAGGAAACGAAGAAUUCUUUAAAUUGACUGGAAAAAAAUUGUAUGUCAAUCAAUAUAGUAAAAUGGUGGGUAAUUUCUUAUUAUAAGCCAUCAAGUUGUUGUGCUAGUCCUUUUUCAAUCAGAUCAAGGUCAAAUAUAGGCAAUUAGGAUAAGAAAGGUUUCACAGUAGAAUAAGUUAUGUCUCCAUACAUAUUCUCCUAAGAGCAGUAGAAAUUAAUAGACAUCUGGAUGACUUCCUAGUUCAGGAGUUGAAGCGAUCAGCUGAAAAGUUUGAAUAAUUGCUCUUAAUCCAAGCUGAACAUCAUGAAGAUGAAAGAAUCGACAGGUUUUAACAUUAUAGAAAAGUCAUUAACAGAAGAGAAUUCAAAAAGAUAGCCUUCUUUCUUGAUUAUGUGAAUGAAUUAAAAUAAAUUAGCAUCAAUUUGUAUUAGGAUUAGGUAGGAAGGCAUCCUUUGUUGUUUCCUUAAAUUGAAGAAAAUAAAUCAUCAAAGAUCUAUUAAUUAUUGAUCUGGGAAAAUGAUUGGCAAUCAAAAUACAACUUAUUCUAAGAAUGUGCAGCCAAAUCUGAUUGGGAAGAAUAUUCAAUGUUAAUUAAGAAGAACAAAAAAAAUGAAGAUAACAAAUAACUUAAAAAAAAACCUAAUUAAUAAUAACAAUAAUAAUAAUAAUUGUAAUUAAAAUAAAAGUAAAAAUCCUAUGAAAUUAUUAACUCAGAAGAAAUUGAAUCUGAAACCAAUAAAUUGAAAUAGAAUUCUUAUGAUCUGAUUUCAACAGCUACACAUAAGGUUUGUAAUAAUGCUUCCAAAUAGCAAAUUAAAUAAAUGGAUAAAUAGGAAUUGAAAUCUUUUAGGGGUCAUUAUUAUAGAGAAGGUCAAAUUAGAACAAAAGGAUUAACUACUAUCUUAUUUGAUACAGACAUGAAGUCAGAUGAGGAAGAGGCAAAUCAAUUUGAAAACAUAGAAGAAAAUAGAAAAGAGUUUUUUGACAAAAUGGAGGAAUUGUAUGAUUAUGUUUUUGGAGGAAAGGCCAAUUUAGUCUCAUUUGAAAGGAGCUAACCAAUUCCUUAUUGA